UGACGGAGCAGUAGCAGAAGAAGAAACCGUUCAUGCUAAAUUGUGUUUCGAGAUUAUAAAGCAAAACUAUAUGUUGUCAUCAUGACUAAUGUGUACUCAUUUGAUGGCAUCCUUGUAUUUGGACUGCUCUUCAUUUGCACUUGUGCAUAUCUGAAGAAGGUUCCUCGCCUUAAUAGCUGGCUCUUGUCUGAGAAAAAAGGGGUGUGGGGUGUGUUUUACAAAGCUGCAAUAAUCGGAACACGGCUUCACUUUGCUGUGGCACUCUCCUGUUUGUGUAUGGCAUUUUACCUGGUCUUUUGGAAAUGACACUGACUGAGUGGUCAGAAAAUGGUGUAUGGACAAAUACAACAAUUAGAAAGCACACAAGCCCAGGUCCCUAAUACUUGUGUCUGUUUCUCUAUGGUUCAAGUUACUAUUUUAAUCUUUCUUGGAGUUUUCCAUUUAAUUAUUUAUUGUUGACUUAAGGUGGGGGAUGAAAUACAUUUUAGCCUGUACAUCUAUGGCUUUUUAUUUAUGGUUGGACAGUCAGAAUAAAGAAACACUAUAUUUUUCCUGAA